CUCAUCUCCCUCUUCCCCCUUCCUAGAUUGACGCCCCUUCCUCUCCCGAUCAGGAUCAAGAUACGACGCCCUUGCUUCUCCGUCCAACCACACCACAUCUCCUCCAACUCCUCCAUUUGGUUGAGAAAAGGAGGCCUUCUUCGUAUUCCGGCCGGUAGGCCCUUCUGGGCCGCGAAGACGGCGGAGGCGGCAGAGAGAGGGAGUCUGGGGAUUUUGUUUGGGAUGAGAUUAGGGGAAAAAGAGGACGCAAUGGAGGAGGAGGAGGAGGAAGAGGAGGAGGAGGAGAGGGGUUCCGCUGCGGCGCCGCUGCAGCUUAAGCUCCUUCCUCUCUUGCCUCAUUCCGCGCAGCCUUCGUUUUCCCAGCUGCGGUUCCCAUGGGCGUCCGAGGCCGGGAACGUGGAACUGUCGAUGCGAGGCUUUGAUGUGAACCGGGCGCCGUCUGCCGGGGAAGCCGAGGAGGUGGCGGCGGCGGCGUCGUCGUCGCCCAACAGCACUGUCUCUUCCUUCCAGAUGGAGUUUUCCGCCGGGGGAGGCGAGGGCGGAGCGCUGCCGGUGGAAAGGGCCUGUUCGAGAGCGAGACGCUUGUGGUGGGGGACAAGCUAGGCGUACUU